AGAGGAUCCGUCGCACGAGUGCGCGCCCAGGAGAAGGGGUGUUCGGCACGGGCGCUUCUGUUGUGUGUGCGCGCGUACUGGAGAGGGAGCGAGAGGAAGGCUAGCUGACUGACGAGCGCUCGGACAGACUUUGAAACAUGGCGUCUUCUAAUAUGGAGGAAGAUGAGAGCUUGAAAGGAUGUGAAGUUUACGUCCAAAAGCACAACAUCCAGCAAAUCCUGAAGGAAUGUAUUGUUAGCCUCUGCAUUGCCAAACCUGACCGACCAAUGAAAUUCUUGAAAGAAUAUUUUGACAAACUGGAAAAGGAAGAAUGCAAACAAAUAUUGGCUCGCCAGAAGUCCAAUUCUCAGUCGGACACUCAUGAUGAUGAGAUUUCACCACCACCUCCAAAUCCAGUUGUAAAAGCAAGACAUAGAAGAGGUGGUGUGAGUGCUGAAGUAUAUACUGAAGAAGAUGCAGUGUCUUAUGUUCGAAAGGUCAUACCAAAGGACUACAAGACAAUGACUGCACUUGCAAAAGCUAUUUCUAAAAAUGUUCUCUUUGCUCAUCUUGAUGAUAAUGAACGGAGUGAUAUCUUUGAUGCCAUGUUUCCAGUUACCCACAUUGCAGGAGAAACCGUCAUUCAACAAGGUGAUGAGGGUGACAAUUUCUAUGUGAUUGACCAGGGUGAAGUUGAUGUUUAUGUAAAUGGAGAAUGGGUUACAAACAUUGGAGAAGGUGGCAGCUUUGGAGAGCUUGCUCUGAUCUAUGGCACACCAAGAGCCGCAACUGUCAAGGCCAAGACAGACCUCAAGCUGUGGGGAAUUGACAGAGACAGCUACAGGCGCAUUCUGAUGGGUAGCACACUGAGAAAGCGGAAGAUGUAUGAGGAAUUCCUGAGCAAGGUCUCCAUUUUGGAAUCUUUGGACAAAUGGGAGCGUUUAACUGUGGCUGACGCACUGGAACCUGUCCAGUUUGAAGACGGGGAGAAAAUUGUGGUCCAGGGUGAACCAGGCGAUGACUUCUUCAUUAUUACAGAGGGCACUGCUUCAGUUCUUCAGCGUAGAUCAGAUAAUGAGGAAUAUGUGGAGGUUGGAAGACUAGGACCUUCAGACUAUUUUGGUGAAAUUGCCCUUCUGUUGAAUCGGCCGCGAGCAGCGACUGUAGUUGCACGUGGUCCACUGAAAUGUGUCAAGUUGGAUCGUCCACGUUUUGAACGAGUUCUGGGUCCAUGCUCUGAAAUUCUCAAGAGAAACAUCCAACGAUACAAUAGUUUCAUUUCUUUAACUGUUUAAAACUUCUGGAUCAGUUGCAGCCUUUGUGUUACAUUGUGCAAUUAAACUUGAUCUGUGAUGUUGAGUAUUAUGUGUGUUUUAUGUAAGAUUUCAGACUGAUUUUAAAAGACUAUCAGAAACAAGAGAAAGAGCUCGCAAUAGGUAGAGUAAAAGUUCUAAAAUUUGCUCCUUUUCUCAGUCAGUGAAAUUUAAUAAUGGAUUCCAGUUUACUGCUUAAUCUGCUACUUCAGUUCAAUGCAACAUCGAAGUAAAUUUAUUUGCAAGUGAUCAUGCAUUUUGAUAGUUAAAUAUCAUUUUUUUGUUUAUAACAUUGUUUUAAACAAUUGUUUCUUAUGAAUUCCACAUAUUGAAUAAUUUAAAGUUCUCAACAGUUGAAACUCUUGGAUUAUCAUGUGUUACACUUGAUCAUACUAUCUUGAGAGCCAGUGCUGUGACCAUAAGUUUAAAAGAUGAAUAUAUCAUACUGAACAAGAGGAAUUGUGACAUAAUUGCACUUUCUAGGAUAAAUACCAAAUUAAUGGAAUAUUCUUCAAAUUUGUGGGCUUUUAUUUAUUUUUCUAGAUUAUUUUCAAGCUUGAGGUCAAGUCUGGUUUAUUACUUGAACAUGAAUUCUUUGUUUUGGUAUAUUCUGCCAGAAAUCUGUCUUGUUAAUGAGGAAUUGUAAGGUGUGGCAGGCAUUUUUAUUGUGUGCACUGAAGUAUAAUCAUUAAUGUAUGAAGUGGGGGGUCCUCGAUCAUUUCAGUUUACCAGUGCAGUCUGGAUGAGUUUAUAGUCUGUUGCAGCUGUUCCCAGGGGCUCAUAGAUCACCCUACCCAAUAUGUAGAAACAGGUUUUAGAAACUUAGAAGUUUUUGUGUUUAAAAGAAAUCCAAAACAAUCUUCACAAUUAAGGUUUCUACUAAUUUGUGUAGUCUUAUUUUGCACUAUUUUACAUAUACUUUUUAAAGUUAGCUAUCUUAUUAAGCUUGUUGUGCUAUUUGGAGCUUGUUUAACUAUGGUCUGUUUCACAAAAGGAAUAAGUAAUAUUGCUUUUCGUGCUGAAUUGCAUAUCCCAGAUAUUUUGGAGCAUCAUUCAGAUUUUAAAAAUAACACCAGAACCAUUAUAUUUUCUAUUAUUUUGUGUAAUGCCUUUGCUUUCACAAUUCC